AUGCACCAGAUUUGGAGCUGUGGCCCUCGACGAGUAGGUCCAAACAUGUUGAUCAACAACAUUCCAGGAUACCAUUCGACUGGCUGCCUAUUCCCGUCGAACGCAACACAAGUUGAAGACUCAGAGAAAGCAGAGCAGAUCCGGAAACUGGAGAACAGCAUCGUGACGGGCUUCCAGAUGGCCUCCUCGGCUGGACCUUUGUGUGAUGAACCGGUAUGGGGCGUCGCGUUCAUCGUUGAAGACGUCGUUUUCCAUGAGAAAAGCGACGAUGUGUCAGAUGAAGAGGCGAGCAAGUACGGACCGCUUAGCGGACAGGUAAUCUCCACUAUGCGGACCACUUGCCUCAUGUCCUUUGUGAAGCAGCCUGUGCGGUUAGUAGAGGCCGUGUAUGAGUGCACAGUGCAGUGUCAAGCCGAGCAGCUCGGCAAGUUGUACAGUGUCAUCUCGAAGCGACGAGGCGAUAUCUACUCGGAAGAGUUGUCCGAUGGGACAGCGCUAUUCACUGUGAAAGCUCACUUGCCAGUCGUGGAAAGCUUCGGCUUUGCCACCGACCUGUUGAUCCAGACGUCAGGAGCUGCUAGUAACCCACAACUCAUCUUCUCACACUGGAGUAUCAUUGACAUGGACCCGUUCUUCCAGCCGCAGACAGAGUUGGAGCGAGAGGACUUUGGCGAACGCGUCUACGAACACAACUACGUGAGACGAUACAUCGAAGCGGUACGUAAGCGUAAGGGUCUGUCGCGAGAUGAAAAGAUUGUUGUGCACGCCGAAAAACAACGCACUCUUAAAAGAUAAGACGCUGGAUGAAGACGGGGGUACUGUAGCAAUAAUAUCUCGUUUGUUCCGGCUUGGAAACGGACAAGCGACAAUCUCGAGGUGAGCUAAAAUUAUCAAGUGUCCA